AUGGAACAAACAAUGUUGAGAGAUGUAACAAAUGGUGAGCACAGGGGAAAGGAAGAGGAGGAAGAAGCAGAAGCAAGUGUAGAUAUUUGGAGAUAUGUAUUUGGUUUCACAGAGAUGGCAAUAGUUAAAUGUGCUAAUGACCUUGGCAUAGCCGAUGUUUUUCAUAAAAAUGGUGGAUCUAUGUCAACUAGCCGAGCUAGCAUCUUCCCUUUAAUGUCCGCCACCUUCCCUCUACCGCGUAAUGAGCUAAAAGUUGGCAUUGUAAAGGCAAGGACUGCAUCAAAUAUGAAUCGUCACUAUGACCAAAGAGAAUGA